UCAAGCCCAAGGCUUAGCUAAGUCUGCCCUUAUAGCAAAUAAGCUACCAAGCCAGUGAAAAAAAACUUUAACAAUUUUUAAAAAUGCCACCAGGUGGCAUUGUGGAUAAAGUUCUACUUCUUUAUCUCCUGGAAAACCGAAACUGAAAAACAUGGCUAUUUCUCAAGAGCUGCUUCUAAAAAUGUCAUCAAAACCUGGCUUAAAUAAUAACCCUUUUGAAAGUUUCUGGCUUAGAACUGUCAGAGGAAAUGCCCUUCUUCCUCAAAAAACUAUGUCCGAAAGAAGACUUCCAAGAAGAUUUUGACAACACAAAAAUACACAAAAAAACAUUACUAUUGUUUAGUUUUAAAAAGGAAGAAAACCCGGUUUGGGAAAUAUGGGGCUAUGCGUACAAUGAUCCUCAUGGCAAGCAUGCUGAAGUUUUAGUUUUAGAUUAUAUUGUAGACCAAAUCGCAGAAAACAUAACCAAAGAAAAUUAUGAACUGAACCUUUUUGUGUCAUACACCCCUUGCCAUGAAUGCAGUGUCAGGAUAAAGUCUUUUAUGGAAAAAAACAAUGGAAUAUGCAUGGAAAUAAAAGCUUCGAGGCCAUAUUAUUUUAACAGAGAAGGAGAACAAAAAGGUCUACACCUUCUGAAGAGCUCCGGGGUUUCGAUUAAAAUGAUGAACAAAUCUGAUUAUGAAGAAUGCUUUGCUCUAUUUGUACACCCAUCAGAAAACUUUACGCCAUGGUCAGAUCUGGAUGAACAAAGCAAGAAGAAUGCAAUUUAUCUGGACACACUUUUGAAACAGGAGGAAGAAAAUGACAAAAUGAUUGAUUCAGACAGCAUUUCAGCUUGUACAAUACAACUUGGUGCCCAAGAAAAUUCCAAACCAGAUCUUCCUUUGGAUGGUCACUGUCAAUCACCAGCAAUGAAAAGAAAUCAGCUAUCAGAACCAGAGACUCCUCAGAAAUUGAACCGUUCUCCUGGAACAAGAAAAGCGGUCUCAGGAAUUAAAAGAAAACUUGAUUUCCCAGAAGACUAGAGACGUGGAUGUAAGAUUUCCCUUUCGAUAUUAGAACCUUUGCGCCUUGUUCGAAGAAAAAAAAGUUAUAGGAAUCUAUGUUGGGCAUUGCCAUCAUUUUCCCGAAUGUACCUAUAAUGGAUGCAUGACAGACAAAGGGGUUUAGAUUUUCUAGUAUUACUGGGCUGAGUGCUGUUUGAAUGUUGCCAUUGGCAAUUGCUAUCAAUGCUUUUUGUUGUUAUUUACCAUAGUUUUCCGUCUAUAGGAUGCCCCCAUGUAUGUAUAAGAUGCCCCCUAUUUUGGGGGACUCCGAUUUAAGUAAAUGGCGGGAGAUAGCACAGAGUAGUUGUUGAGCUUUUUUUUGCGGACGAUUGCCCAGAGUUAUUGAGCUUUUGGGGGGUGGAAUUGCCAAAAAUCACUCACCCACCGCUGACAAUCAAACCCGCUAUUGACACAGAGGCAGCCAAUCGCUAGCAGCCCUUCACACUGCCACCACUCACCUGCCCUGCCGCCGCAGAAAAUCUCCUGCUCACGGCUGCUACCAAUUGCCCAACCGCCCUCUGCACUACCCAUGUAUAAGACGAGGGCAUAUUUUAAAGCUCUUUUUUUUAAAAGAAAAAAACACUAGUCUUAUAGACGGAAAAAUACGGUAUGUUGUCCGGUUUUAAAUUAUUAUUCUUUAUGCACUUAUAAGAACAGAAGAGAUCUGCUGGAUCAGAUCAAAGGCCCAUCCAAGCCCAGCCUUCUGUUCUCACAGUAGCCAACCAAAUGCCUAUGGGAAGACCACAAGCAAGAUCUAAACGCAACAGCACUUGUGAUUCCCAGAAACCAGUAUGGUAUUUAGAGGUACAUGGCAUCUAUCACUGCAGACAAUACAUAGCCAUUCUUGUGUACUGUGUGGGGAAGAACCUCCUUUUGUCUGCUGAAUCUUCCAGAGUCAGCAUCAUUGGAUAUCCCCAGGUACCGUACUAGUGUUACUGCAGGGGGGACUUCUAUCAUCUUUCUGCACACUAUGCACAAUUCUAUAUGCCUCUAACACGCCCGUCCUCUCCAAAUAUUAUAACCUAUUCUCAUAGGGGAGGUGCUUCAGCCCUUUAAUAAUAACUUUGGUUACCCUCUUCUGAACCUUUUCCAGCUCUACAAUUCAUAUAUCAAAUUUUAAAUACAUGAAUAGAAAGUGAUGAUUAUACUUUAUGUAUAAAGUACUUCUACUUUGAUGUAGAAAAAUUAGGGGUGGUUGGCUUUUGCUGCCCAACUCCCCAAGUCCCCUAAGGUGCCCAAACUUUUUUCAAAGUGGGCCAGAUUUGAUGAAGUGAGGGCCA